UGUGUCUGAACUGCCGGCGAGCUUUAAAAAUAUUCUAGCCUUCCAACCGCGGCAAUGUCGGGCAGGUCGGUCCGAGCGGAGACCCGGAGCAGGGCGAAAGAUGACAUCAAGCGGGUUAUGGCCGCGAUUGAGAAAGUACGGAAAUGUUCCCAGUUCUCUUGAAAGCACCAUAAAUCCAGAGAAUGCCAGACUUUGAUGACAAAGUUUGAUGACAAAAUUUGCCCAGGAAGGACCGCCGUGCCACCUUCCUGUUCAAGUGAGCACAGCACAACAAGGGAGAAGAAAUGGGUGACCGUAGGAGACACAUCCCUGAGGAUCUUCAAGUGGGUUCCAGUGACUGAGCCCAAAUCAGCAGAUGACAAGAGUAAGAAGAAGAAGAAGGGGAAGGAUGAGAAGUAUGGGUCAGAAUUGACCACACCUGAGAACAGCUCUUCUCCUGGGAUGAUGGACAUGCAUGACGACAACAGUAACCAGAGUUCCAUCGCCGACUCCUCUCCCAUCAAACAGGAAACCAGCUGCAGCACUAGCCCCGCCCCCGAACCCUCUGCCGUAUCCCACGGCGACAGCAGUGAGGCCAAGAGCGACCAGAGCCCUGACAGCAAGAGGACGAAGAGCAACCUGUCCACGGAGGGCUCAGAGAGAGGACAGGGGGACAAGAGAGACAGCAGACAGACGUCCUCAGGAGACAAGGACACCUCAGACAGCCGCGAAGCCACUCAGGAACAGGAGGAAGAGGCUCCUCCCAGUAAGAAGAGCAAGCAGGAGUCUCCAUCUCAGGACUACGAGGAGAAAUAGAUGCGCUGCAUCCUUUCUUCUCUAUCUUCUUCCUCACCUCCCUUCCCUCCCUUUCUUCCUCCCCCCGUAGCCCCUAACACUCUGCCGAGCAGAGGGAGAAAGGACUUUAUCUCCCUCCACUAAGCCUUCUUCCUUCCCUCCUCCUCUUCUUCCUCACUCACUCCCUCACUAAUGCCACGAGUAGUUCUAUGAACCAGCCUGUUAUCCCCUCCAUGGCCAGGGGUUGCGCUGUGAGCCCAGCUCUUCCCAGAAGAGAAACACUGACCUGCACCUGUGACACAAACACACUGACAAUAUGGGACUUCACAUUCUACGCUGGCACCACACGCUAACAGAGUAGGAUGAAGUUUCCCCUAGACAGUGAUCUAAGGUUAGUUUCUAUGUUUUCCCCCCUGACGGUUAAAAUUAGGAUACAAGGGAAGGUAAACUGAUCCUAGAUCUGUAGCUCUCAUCUUUUAACCCAGGAGCCACGUCAAACCUCCCCCCUAACUCACCUUUGGUUGUUCCGGUGUUUGUUUAGGACACUUUCCAGGUUGUUUAGUUUAGUUUUGGGGUUGUUGUUUAGCCCAGGAGGGUCAAUGCACUGUUAAGGUAUAAUGUCACAAAAACGGCACACUAUGGUUUUACUGCUGCUGUGCUGGGUGUGGAUUUCUGUCAGUUUAUUGUUAUUUUAGUUUUAUUUAACUUGCUUUGUUUUCUAGAGGAAGAACAACAGUGGUUCAGGUCACGUUUCUUUUUUUUUUGCGAAGACAGGCUUGUAGCAUACGUAGGUUUUAUCUAAGGGUGUGCUUUGAUUAUUAUGAUAUAACGUACUCGGUAGGUCAAACUGUUUUUAACUACUUUUUUUUAUUGUACCAUGUUUUUAUUUGCCUUAUGGUUUUAACAUUGAGCUGACGCUAAUGAUUUUAUUCAGCAUUUACAUUCAACGAUAAACAGUUUGUUUCACAUUGGUUACUGUUAGAAAGACAACAUGUACUGUACAAAACUGCAUUCUGCAAAUAUCUGAAAGAAGAAUUGACUUUGAGGGAGUCAGUAGCUUUCCACGAGCCUGGGUGUCAAUCAAGUUUCUCCUCCCAGCUUCUUUCCUGUCAAAAGGCAUGACGACUACGAAAGAGUUGAGGAGUUAGACAGAAAUAUGUUGGUGUCCAGGCUAAAUUCCCACUUGGUCAACAACAAUGAUAGUUUUUAUAUGAGUCUUCAUUGCCAUCGCGGUAAUUUAAAUGUACUACUACGUGUAUCAUCUUUCAUAACCUCCCCUCAGUGUCUAGUCAGUCUUGUAGUUCAAACUGUGGCUCAGAUUCUCAUUCAAGGUGCUCAGAUCCUCAUUCAAGGUGCUCUCUGUGGGUCGCAACCUAACUUCCGGAUAGAGGAAGGAACGCAUAUUCGCACAAAUCUGUCAACUCCACACCAAAAAAAAUCAACCUCAAACCUAUUUAUGUAUGUUUUGGUUCGGGUGACUUCAUCAAUCAAUAAUAAUUAAUUUCCUCGGAAAUCAAUGAGUUCAGAUGGCAGAUGAUGUAGACAUGGGUAUCUCAGAGCAUGAGCCUGUCUGACCCACUGUUUAUCAGUGGAUACACACAUCCAAACAUCAGUUCAAUAGAGAGAAAUGAAAUGAAAUGGCAUUUUAGUGGAGACAGAGGACGGCUUAGCAUAUACCUCAUUUACAGUCCAGCAGAGCUGGUACUAGUGAUGCUAUGUAAUUGACAUGAACAGUUAGAAGAGCAGUAUGUACAACAUUCAGUUUCUUUAGAUAUCUGUCUUUUACAUAUCUUUUAUUAUGUUUUAGUUUUCACCUGAUUCUGAUUGAGCCGAUUAAUGCUUCUAGUUUAACUCAUAUGAACUGUGUAUAUAAAGAGCUGAGAAAACAUGUCAGAUGCUUGUUUUCUUGGGACCAUAUUGUUUCAGUUUAGAAUGAUCUUGUACACGUUGAUGGUUUGGUUUGACUUAUUUAUUCCAUCGCUAGUGCUCAGAUUUUAUCAUGUCCAAUGGUUUUGUUUUAUUAAUAAAAAGCCCAAAAAUG